CAGUGUCUAGAUCGCUUAAUUCAACAUAAGAAAAUGAUUUUGUGGACAGCGUGAUGUUUAGUAAUACUACCGAUAUAAUUUCAUAUAACCUUGUUUUAUCAGUUGUACUUAAUUUACGAAUUGUUGUUCAUGUCAUAUAUGAAUGUAUUUAUACAAUUGUUUCAUUCUAGUUUGCAGAUUUUUAUUUGGGUUUACGAUGUCACCAGCAUCAACAACACAAUAUUAUAAUCAAAAUGGCCGUUUCAACGAUUCCCAAUGGUAUUCCUCUCCCAUGCGUAUUGCUCGAGACCAAGAACCUGUGAUUGCCGCAGCAGACAGCAGUACCUGCUCUGGAUUUUCAUCGCCGCCGUACUUUUCCGAGCCUUCAUCUUUUAUGGAUACUUCAGCAAGAUAUUCUGAAUCAGUUACAGACUUUGAACGCUAUCAUGGAUUAGCAAGAAUCAAUUAUUCAAUGAUGCGUGAAUGCGCGUGGAAAUAUUUUGAUGAUUCUUACAAGCAAUCAUGUAACUCCGCAGAUCAAGUUACACUCAUUAAAGAGAAUCAUGACAACCACGGGUACUUGAGAGAAAUGUCUUCACAAAACAAUAUGUUUCGUUUGCACCACAUUGACUAUGAUAUGUGCAACGGGGUGACAGCUUGCAAUCAACAUUACAAAUCAUCAGGAGCCAAUGACGCCAUAUCGUCUCCGGAAAGUGACGUCAUAAAUUCUCUCGUCUCCAUUUGCAGUACGACGUCGAAUUUUGGAGUUUCUGAAGAGAAAAUUUGCGACCAAUCAACUUCCAUCCCAGACAUUCAGAAGCAUCCCAGAAGUGUUGCUCGUAGAAAUGCUCGUGAACGAAAACGAAUAAAAAAUGUUAAUCAAGCUUUUGAUGAUUUAAGAAAGAGAGUUCCACGGGGAAGUAAAGGAAAUAAGAUAAGCAAGGUAGAAACAUUACGAUCAGCAAUAGAAUACAUCCGAGCACUCCAAGGAUUGGUUGAAGAAAAACGAAAGAAAAGUUGUGAAAAUGAGUUCAACGAAACCAGCUCGGGUGAAGACGAGAGCAAAAGUACCGACGAGACAAAGGAUGAUGCAACUUGAAAAUGUGACUUACUUUAGUUUAGGUUACUUUGGUUGAGUGAAAACAAAAGGUUUACCUGUACCUGCUGCGCAUCUUGUUUGUACUGUGUACAUUCUUCAAAUUUCUUCAGUUACAUUUACUUUCAUUUCAAAUAUUUUUCCUCUUAUUGUUAAUGCUUUAUGAACCAUACUAUUCUGCCUUGCGACGUAUUGUUUUAUUCUGUUAUAAUAUUCUUAACUCGAUGUUUCUGUAUAUUCUUGUUUCUACGUGCAACGCUUC